CACGAGGCCCAGCUGGCUCUGUCCCCCGCAGCCCCUGCCAGCUCCCGAGGGGUGCAUGCAUCACAUCCGCCGGCUCAAGGCGUGGCUGGGCGCCUGGUCACGUCCCACAGCCGCCAUGCACCCUGCGCUGGGUGAGCAGGGCUACAGGAGCAUUUGUGCGCGAUGCACACCUGCAGGGACAGCCACAUCCCGGCCCUUGUUCCCAAGCCACUCAGCUCAGCCCGCGGCCCGGCAGCCAUCCAUCCCAGACAGCGCUGCACGGUGUCAUUUGCAUCCACAAGGUGCAGCCUGAAAUAGGUGGAACGCAGCUCUGCUGGGGACAAGGGCAAAGUCCGUGUCACAGCCAGGAAUAACUGCCGGCACCCGGCCAAGCCAGGGCGGUGCAGGUUCAGCAACAGACUGCAGAGAGCACCUGGCAUCGCAGCCAAGCAGCGGCACGCUGGGGCUGGCUCUGCUGCCCACCGCCGAGCAGCAGAGCAGGCGGUCGCGUCCCCUCGUCCCACCGCUUCCUCCUUCCCCCGCCCCGGGGGAGCUCGGCCUGCCGGGAGCAGCACCCUCCGCUCCGCUCCGCACGCUGCCACCCAUCAGCAUCCGGAGGCGAUCACGUGGCCGGCUGACGUCACCGCGCCGGCAGCCAGGACUCGCCGCGCCGCGUGCUGCUCGCUGCCCGUGCCCCCGAGCGCCGUGGGGCCGCGGGGCCUUUCUGCCCCACCGCCGCCGGAGCCUGCUGCAGUCACCAGGGGCCGGCGGGAGGAGACGAGCUGCUCGGCACUGCCCGCGGAUGCGGAGGGAAGGGCGAGGCCUCGGGUCCCAGCAGUGCGGCCUCAGAGACCUCACGGCCCCCAGCACGGUGGCACCCGGCCCUGAGCCAUGGCGCUGCUCACCCACCUUCUUGCCUGCGCCUUUGGCAUGGGCUCCUGGGUGGCCAUCAACGGGCUGUGGGUCGAGCUGCCGCUGCUGGUGACGGUGCUGCCAGAGCAGUGGGACCUGCCUUCCUACAUCACCAUCAUCAUCCAGAUGGCCAACGUGGGGCCACUCUUCGUCACCCUCAUGCACCGCUUCUGGCCCGGCUCGCUGAAGGAGGUGGUCGUUAUCUACGUGGUUGUGUCCGUGGGCAUCGUGGCCUGCUUGCUGCUGGCCUUCCUCUGGGACUACACAUCCCCCAUCGCAGGGACAACUCACAGCACCGCAUUCCUGAUCCUCACCUUCUUCCUGGCCCUGGUUGACUGCACUUCCUCCGUCACCUUCCUGCCCUUCAUGAUGCAGCUGCAGGCCCAAUACCUCACCACAUUCUUUAUAGGUGAAGGACUCAGCGGGCUGAUCCCUGCUCUCAUUGCCCUGGGCCAGGGCUCUGGCAUCUCCAGCUGUGCCAAUGUCAGCCAGAUGGUCAACAUCACCUCUGGCAAUGAGACCAUGGAGGGCACUAUCUUCCGGAUGGAGACCCACUACCUCCCAGCCCGCUUCUCUACCCUCAUCUUCUUCCUCCUCAUGACUGCGAUGAUGGUGGCCUGCUUGGUGGCUUUCUUCUUCCUGACCAGGCAGCCCAAGGUAUGGGAGCUCUCGCAGCAGCAGUUUUAUCCCAGCACCAUCAUACUGAACUCCUUUGACCAGAUCCCUGAGGAUGAUGGUGGCACAGGGAGAGGCGAAGGCUACUCAUGCCCAAAGAGCACCAAGCGGCCGAUGGAGACCCACCCGGAGAAGGUUUCCUACUCUGUGGCCAAGCUUGCCUUCAUCUACCUCCUCAUCACUUGGGUGAGCUCUCUGACAAACGGGGUCCUGCCAUCCGUGCAGUCCUACUCUUGCCUGCCGUAUGGCAACACCGCGUAUCACCUCUCGGCCACGCUCAGCUCCAUGGCCAACCCUCUCGCCUGCAUCGUGGCCAUGGUCCUGCCCAGCAGGUCCCUGGCCCUGCUAGGCACCCUCAGCCUGGCGGGCACAGGCUUCGGUGCCUACAACAUGGCCAUCGCGGUGAUGAGCCCGUGCCCGCUCCUGCAGCAUUCCCAGUGGGGCGAUGCCAUCAUUAUCCUCUCCUGGGUGCUCUUCACCGGAACGCUCUCCUACGUGAAGGUGAUGGCCGGGGUCAUCCUGCGGAGCCGCAGCCACAGCGCGCUGGUGUGGUACGGGGCGCUGGAGCAGCUGGGAUCCCUGCUCGGCGCCCUGCUCAUGUUUCCCCUCGUCAACGUUUAUGGCUUCUUCCAAUCCGCCGACUACUGCAGCCUGCAGUGCCCAGUGUGAGCACGGUGUUCCUCUUGUGUUCAAACAAAUAGAAGGAGUUUGCUCAGCC